AUGGAAAAUAUUAUUGCUGCUAUAUCAACCAUCGGUGGCACUAUCGAUAAUGCCUCUAUUUUACCCAAAUAUAAAAUACUCCUAUUUGGCUUCACACUCAGUCUAACUCUAUUCGAUGUGGUGACAGAUACGAUUUUCCUAGUGGAUGUGACACAAGAUUUUCAACAAUUUUCCAGAUUAUUACAAAAUUAUCGUAAUCGAUUCAAUUUUACAUCGAAAAAAUUUGUCGGAACCAAAACAUUUUGUAGCGCAAACUACAAAGCAUUUAAUUUAUUUUACAAAAUGAGAAUUGGUCUAUCCAUUUAUUACAUGUUUUAUGCUUUGUCUCUUGUGAUGGCGAUGGUUAGUAUACUCUAUCUCUAUACUAGUAUCUUUCGACGUCCCAAAGCAAAGUUUAGCCGUAAAUUGUUAGGAAUUGGUCAACUGUUGGAAUUUUUACCCAUCAUCAUCGAAGAUAUGCCCGAAGCCUUUCUAACAGUCUAUUUUUUGAACGUCUUUGAUAAUCCAGCUGGUAUGGAUUGCCUGUACUGCGCUAUAAAUAGUAAAUGUAAGGAUCGUGCUCCUGUUGGUUUACGAACGCAUACAGCUACACUGAUUCGAUUUAUUGGCAUCGCUGUACAUGCAUUUUUAUUCUUUGCCCUAAAAGCGAGAGAAUUAUACAACCAAAGCUUAGAGGAACAUGCCGAAGACAAACAGAAGACACUCUAUCAAAAUGCCAAAUCUUAUUAUUGUUUUUGCCCUUGUUAUGUGCUUUACUAUGGUUGUUGUAUUCAACCGUCAGGAAAUUCUGGCUGUGGAAAAUGUCGAUACUACUUCCUGUUAAUUAUAAACAUGUUACUGGCUGGAGUGCUUUCAGUGUGGAUGGUAUUUCUACCUGUAUUUAUUGGAUACAUGUUCUAUCCUGUCUACAUACCAUUCAUUAUUAAUAUAGCCAACUUUAAUAGGGCAAGGUUAACUUCCUUUCUGCUAAUUGCUUCGAUUACUUCAGGAAUCUGCUGGGGUAUUUUAGCAGUCAUUGCUUGCAUUUACCUAUGGAGGCACAUGUAUAAUCUACCCAAAGCCAUUGGUACUUUUUUCUUGUCUAUAAUUUGUUUACCAGCAUUUGUACCUUUUGCAAGCUAUAUCGUGUUACGAGAUAUCCAUUAUAAUAGUCGUCAUUGUGGUAAAGAGCAAGCAGCCGUAGCUACUGAUGACGAGACUGUUGAUAAAUCGAAAGUAGAACUACAAUUAGUUAAUGAUCAGCUUGAAUCCGAACAACCUAUAGAAUAUACCUAUAACAAUCUAAAAACAGCGGAUCAUGCCGAUUCAAUGACAUACAGUAAUUCUUCUUACGCUUUACUUUCUAAGGAGCAAUGA